UUAGCUGCUUUUUUCGGCAAUGCCGCUGCACAUGGUGUUGUAUCGAGCUUCAAAACUGACGGUGUUGAAUACCAAGGUUACCUGAUGAACUAUUACUAUGAUACCAAGAACGGCAAAUCUCUCCCUCCUUUAGCUGCAUGGUCUGCUGAGAACCUCGAUAACGGCUUCGUGUCCCCAGACAACUAUACUCACCCAGACAUUAUUUGCCAGAAGAAUGGAAAGCCGGCCAAUCUGACUGUUCAGGUUGCCGCUGGGGGGACCGUCGACUUUCAAUGGACUAAAUGGGCUCAUUUCGGCCCAAUGAUGACAUAUGUGGCUCCCUGCGAUGGUGAUUGCUCCACUGUUGACAAAACCACCCUCAAGUGGGUAAAGAUCGACGAAGCGGGCAUCGAUUUUGACACUCAAGAGUGGGCGGCAAGAAAGAUGGUCAACAACAACCGAACAUGGACGACGAAUAUACCCUCGACACUGGCUCCCGGCAACUAUGUCUUCCGUCAUGAAACAAUCGCUGUUCACGGGUCCAACAGGAUUGGCGGCGCACAGAACUAUCCUCAAUGUUUCAAUAUCGAGGUUACAGGGUCGGGAACUGCCAAGCCUGAAGGCGUCUUGGGCACUAAGCUCUACACUCCCACUGAUCCGGGCAUCUACUUCAACCCUUACACAACUUUGAAGAACUAUACCAUCCCUGGUCCGCCUCUGUUU